CUAAGUGAAAGUCAGUCUAUUCACAAUGUUUGAUGGGUAAAACCCGGAAGUUUUUAGUUGAAAUUUUAUUAAGAUGAUGAUAAGGAGUACGGAAAGAAUUUGUAGAACAUUGGAACUGACAUGUGUAAUUUUUCUGAUGCUGCUAGACUCAAUCGGCAGCACCGAUCACAUGCACCCAAAAGUUCUACUUGUGUCAUACGACGGAUUCCGAUGGGACUACCUGAAGAAAAUUAAAAACCCGGUAAAUUUUAACCGUGUAAUAGCCGGAGGAGUGCAUGCAACAAAAGGACUGAAAAAUGCAUUUAUAACAAAAACCCUCCCAAACCAUUAUACUCUUGUAACUGGUCUUUAUGAAGAGAGUCAUGGAUUGAUUGCUAAUGAAAUGUAUGAUCCUGUGUUAAAUGAAAGUUUCUCUUUAGAAAAUCCAGAAGAUGUUAUAAAGUCAGAAUGGUUUGACAAUGGUGGUGAACCUAUUUGGGUUACAAACCAAAAACAAUCGACAUUCUCUUCUCCUCGUCGGAGUGGAUCUAUGUUUUGGCCUGGCUCCAUGGCGAGUGUGCAUGGGUUUCUUCCAACAAAAUAUUUUCCUUUCAAUCCAUUGAUGAAGUUAGAAGAACGAAUUGACAUCAUAAUAUCCUGGUUUUUGGAUAAGGAUCCAAUAAACCUAGGUUUACUGUAUUAUGAACAUCCAGAUCACGAGGGACAUCAAUUUGGACCCGAAAGUGAAAAAAUGACACACAUAUUAGAAUAUUUAAAUAAUGCUACAGGAUAUCUUCUUGACAGUCUAGAGAAAAAUAAUUUACUGAACAAAGUGAACUUAAUUUUGACCAGUGAUCAUGGCAUGUCGUCAACACCAAAAAAUAAAGUAAUCGUACUGGAAGAUCAUGUAGAUAGAGAUUUGUUUGAAGUGAUUGUUAUGAAUAAUCCAGUGGUUCAUAUUCGACAAACAAAUAAGACAAUCCAGGAUUCGAUUCUUAGCAAGUUACAAAAAGUACCACAUCUUAAAGCUUACAAGAAAUCAGAAAUUCCAAGGGAAUACCACUACACUGAGAAUCGUCGCAUUCUGGAUAUCCUUGUGGUAGCGGAGAUAGGAUAUUCUAUUGUGGAAACUAAAGCAGAUAAAGUUAAUUAUGCCACAAAAGGACAACAUGGCUAUAACAACAGUCUCUUGGAGAUGCAUCCUUACUUCAUGGCCAUGGGACCAGCCUUCAAGAUCAACCACUCAGUGGAGACGUUCAAUAAUGUAGACAUAUACCCCCUGAUUUGUAAGAUUCUGGGCAUUGAGCCAGCACCAAAUAAUGGAUCACUGAAAAAUGUCCAGGAUUUACUGCAAGAAUCUCAUGAUAAAAAGGACCUUCUUGUGCCUGAUAACACAUUUGUGGUUUAUCUGGUGCUGAUAAUCAUUGUGGGGAUAUUCGGAGGGAUUUUCACCAUUGGUGCCUGUCGUCAACAAAGAUAUCACAAACUUCGGGAACUGCAAGCACUUCCUUUCAAAUCUCGUGGAUCAUACACACAAGCUGCUCUCACGAAAAAUGGACCAAUGCUGCCUCUCCUCAGUUCUGAUUCAGAAAACGAGUUCUAAUCUUCAGUGUAUACUCAUAUAAUAGUCCGCUUUGCCUCAUUCUAUUCACUUUCCGCAAAGAAAUGUAUAUAUCAAGUGUGCCAUAUUUGUACAAGUAUGGAUGUGUCAAAUAAUUUAUUAAUGCAGUAGUUUCAUAAGUACAAGUUUUAUAAAUCGUCAGAAA